UUUUACACAUCCAACCAUCAGACCAGAGAAGAACUCAGAGAGCUGACAAGACUCACCAAAAGAUCUUCAGAUAUUUAGCUGAAGUUAAACCAGUCAAACCCUCCAAAGAUGAAGACAUUCAGUGUUGCAGUUGCAGUGGCCGUCAUGCUCGCCUUCAUUUGUCUUCAGGAGAGCUCUGCUGUCCCAGUCAAUGAAGAGCAAGAGCUGGAGCAGCAAAUUUAUUUCGCUGAUCCAGAGAUGCCAGUGGAAUCAUGGAAGAUGCCGUAUCACCUGCGACAGAAGCGUCACAGCAGCGCCGCUAAAUGCCUGUUUUGUUGCAGAUGCUGUCCUGAUAUGAUUGGAUGUGGUAUCUGCUGCAGGUUCUGAGGAUUCCUGCACCAGCCUGGGAUUUACACAACACCCACUAAAUAUUCAUUGGUUAAGAUUUUUUCUCUGAAAGCAAUUUAACAACUUUAACUUGUGUUUGUAAAUCUCUGAGGAUGUCACUGGAUGUGGUCAUGUUGUAGUUCAUCCACACACCAUGUUGAACAUCUGCACUUAUCACAAUAAAUUUGAAUGUUACUCAUA